GUCAUUUAUGCGCGCGCUUUCAUGCAUUGGUGUCUACAGCAAUGUCUAUAGUUGUAUUUGAAAUGUAGUUAAAUUAUUUGUCAACCUCGAAACAUGCUCAAUUAAUGACAGCUUCACUAUGUAUAUACAACAUAAAUGUAUUGAAAGUUGCUGACAGGAAGCGAACUCUGUUUUCAACGAGAUUUGUCGACAUAUAACUGCUUGUAUAAUACAGUAAAUACAGUGUAUUGCAAUUUUAUUGAGUUUUAGUCAAUGGAGAAGAUGUCUCCAAUUCCUGUUCUUCCUCUUAUCAUCAACUCUUGUAUGUCUGCACUGGGGUGCAUUGCAACAGUCAAGCUUAUUCCUGCUUUUAAGGAUCAUUUCAUAUCUGCGAGACUCUAUGGCAUGGACCUAAAUAAAACCAUAAAGAAAGAGGUACCCGAAUCACAAGGUGUAAUCAGUGGCACAGUCUUCCUCAUCAUUCUCUUCCUCUUCAUCCCUGUCCCCUUCCUCCAGUGCUUUAUGGGAGAGAAGUGUCAACGCUUCCCUCACAACGAGUUUGUGCAACUGAUCGGUGCGUUGUUAGCCAUCUGCUGCAUGAUAUUCCUGGGUUUUGCUGAUGAUGUUCUGAACCUACGAUGGAGACACAAGCUACUGCUGCCCACUAUGGCCUCCCUGCCUCUACUCAUGGUCUACUUUACUAACUUUGGCAACACUGUGAUUGUCGUGCCCAAACCUUUCCGUGUCCUGCUGGGGAUGCAUCUGGACUUGGGCAUUCUGUAUUAUGUGUAUAUGGGAAUGUUGGCUGUGUUCUGCACAAAUGCCAUCAACAUCUUGGCCGGUAUCAAUGGCAUUGAGUCUGGACAAGCUCUCUUCAUAUCUGGCUCCAUCAUUCUCUUUAAUUUACUGGAGCUCAAUGGAGACUACAGGGAUGACCAUGUUUUCUCUUUGUAUUUCAUGAUUCCCUUUUUCUUCACCACAUUAGCCCUCUUCUACCACAACUGGUACCCUUCCUCUGUGUUUGUGGGAGACACUUUCUGUUACUUUGCUGGAAUGACGUUUGCAGUGGUCGGGAUACUCGGACACUUUAGUAAGACCAUGCUGCUUUUCUUCAUCCCCCAAGUCAUCAACUUCAUUUACUCCUUGCCUCAGCUGUUUCACAUUAUUCCCUGCCCCAGACAUCGCCUUCCUAGGUUACAGCCUGACACAGGAAAACUUGGCAUGAGCUAUUCCAAGUUCAAACAGAAGGACCUAGGCAAAUUAGGACAACUUAUUCUGAAGGUGGCAGAAAUGUUAUGGCUUCUGGAUGUGCGUAGAGGGCUGGAAGGAGAUGAUGAGUUUAUUGAGUGUAACAACAUGACCCUUAUCAACCUGGUUCUAAAAGUACUGGGACCUACCCAUGAGAGAAACCUUACUGCAAUCAUGCUGUUAAUGCAGGUCUUGGGGAGUGCUGUAGCGUUUGGAAUCCGGUAUCACCUUGUGCGUCUGUUCUACGACGUCUAGAAAACUUGCGACCCUGAGAGACUUUACAACCUGCUGCUUUCAUUUGGAGAACAAACUGUAUCAACAGAUUUUUUUUUUUUUUUAAUGGUUACUAUACUGCCUGUCACCUAUAAAUGGUGGAAUCUAAUUACAAUACAGUGUAUUUCAGCACUUCUGUCUAUAUAUCUGCAUGUGAAGGGACAAGUCUACACAUAUGCCCUUAAUUUUCAUUAAGGACAGGAAGGCUCAUGCAUAAGGAUUUACAAUAAUUUGUGGGUGACUUGAAAAGCAGAGGGUUCUAUUUUGAAAGAUUAUGUGAAACACUUACAUUCAGGGAUAUUUUAGGCAGUUGGUGAAAUUUUUGAGAGCAUUUCUGAACGAUUACUUGAUAUAUGUACUUAUAUUUUUCUGUGUCAGAUCUAAUAUUAUGCCUUUGACUCAUUUGAAUAAACCAAUGUGACAAUGGACCACA